AUGCCAGCGAAGAUGAAAUUAAAAAAGCGUACAUAUCGACGUUUGGCAUUGAAGUGGCAUCCGGAUAAAAAUCUAAAUAAUAAAUCAGAAGCAGAAGAAAAAUUUAAAUUAAUAUCAGAAGCCUAUGAAAUAUUAUCCGAUAGUCGUGGCCGAUUUUUAUAUGAUAAAUUUGGACCAAAUGUUGUUCAUUCUCAAACAACAAAUGAAGAAUUGGAACGUUUAUUUCGUACGGUAAUUACUGAUGAAUCAUUUCGUCGUCUAUGUGAAGAAGAAUUUCGUCAAUAUCAAAUGAAACAACGGCCAGCACAUCAACAACAAGAGGAUGAAAUGUUAUUAAGAACAAAAAAAAAAGAAACUGAACUCGAUACAGAGCUCAACUCUUUUUUAUCCGCAAAUGGACUUAAUGAUGAAACAUUUGAACAUAUCUAUCAUGUUGUUGAAGAAAAUGAUCAAGAAACAUUUGAAGGAUUAAUUCAACAUGAUCAAAUGAAUCAUGAUGUAGAUUGGGCUUCUAAAGGAGGACAAGUAGUACAUGAAAUGAAUGUGUCAAUUUAUUACGAUUUUGAUCUUGAUAAAGAUAAAAAUUGUUACGAUUUAAGAAAUCGAUAUUUUGUCAAUAGUAGAAAAGAACAACCGUCAGUUGUUCCGACUAAUGGCGAAUUACAUGAUCAACAAAAGGGAAAGAAAAAAGGAAAGAAGAAAAAAACUGAAAAUGAAGAUGAACUGGAUUUGCUCAAAACAUUUGUUACUGAUAAAAGUUCACCACAGGUCGACCAACAUCAAUCACGUUUUUCUAAGCUAAAACUUUCAAAUGAUAUUAAUCGUUUCGUUAAAAUGCACGAUUAUAUGCAUCACAAGCAAAAAAGACAAACACCGACAAAUACUCAACAACAACAACAACAACAACAACAAAAACAACAACAACAGCAACAACAACAGCAACAGCAACAACAACAGCAACAGCAACAACAACAGCAACAGCAACAACAACAACAGCAACAGCAACAACAACAACAGCAACAACAACAACAGCAACAACAGCAACAAAAUGGUCAUAGACUACUGAAUAAUAAUUCUAAUAAUAAAAAAAAAGAUCGUGAUUUUUCACAAAAUAAUAAUUCUAAUAUUUACCGAGAACAAUCGUUUCCUAUACCGAAACAAUUUUCAGUACCAGUUAUAGACAACCGCCAAACGCCAAGAAUAAAUCAAAAUAAUAAUAAUAAUAAUAUUUUAAAGAACGGUAAUUCGCCUGAAACUGAUGUACAACUAAAAACUACUGAUAAUCUCAUUAAAAGGUUUGAACAUGCCGAAUUGAACAAAAAAAAAGUUUCAUCUGGUCAACUAUCUCACUCAGAUAAACAAAAUGGCAUACAAAAACCACCAUUUAAUGAUUUAUGUCGCGCUCAGAAUGAUAUAAUAUCUCAUCCGCAUCAAUCGUCAGAAUCUCAAGAAGCUUUAAAAGAACCGCUAAUAGAGUUUAGACAUAAUAUUUCUCAAAACGUAAAUCAAUCACAAUUUGACACUAAGAAUCGACAAAACCUCCCUAAUCAUCAUAUGCAUGAUUUACAAAGAAAUGUUACCGCUAGUAAUAAUGGACAAAAUCGUCCAAUCCGUAAAGAAAUUCCGAUAAUUAAUCAUAUGAAUUCUAAUUCAAAUGCAAAUGAUAAACAUCUAAACAAUGAAAGUAAUCAUGAAAUUAAACAGAAGAAUUCUAUACCAUUGUCGCACGAUCGAAAUCAUCGUGUGCUUGGUGUUCACAAACAAGAUGAAUCGAGAAUGCAUAAUCCAUUUCAACAUCGUCUAUUAGAAGAAAAUGGGACGAACAAAUCAUCGCACAUCAACAACAAUCAAUCUCAUCCUCCACAACAAACAUCAAAAAUUCUACCGAAGAACGAAUUAUUCAGUAAACCCAAAUUGUCAAUCGUGAAUGAUGGCUUUGAAAAUAAUAAACAAUAUAGGCCUCUACAAAUGCACAAUCGCAACAAUGAUCAACAACAUUCAAUGCAAAGUGCACGUCCUUCACUUAAAAUUAACAUACCAUCGUUAAACGAUCGAAAUGAAGAUAAUAAACAAAAUGACUUAACUUUCAAUCAUUUAGAAAAUGGACGAGUUAACAACGAUAAGUCUAUAAAUGAAUCACAGAUGAAUAAGAAUGAGCAACGAAACUCCAUUCCAAAUAUAAAUGAUCAUAUAUCAGUGCCAUUAAGAAAUGGAACAUAUCAACAAAUAAAAAUGACAGAAAGUAAUGUUUUACCAAACAAAAUCAACAAUUUACCGACUUCUCAACGAAAUCGCUCACCAUUAAAAGCAGAUAAUGUGCAAGCAUCUCUAAUAAAUCGAAAACAAACCGAUAAUAAUUAUCCUAAAGAACCGUUUUUGAAACGUUCACAAGAAAAUCCAACUUCAGCUUCAUCUAUGAAUAAAAACUAUCGAAAAAAUCAAAUGAAUGAUGAACCGGUAAUUAAAUCAACUCCUCUAAUUCAUACAGCAAACAAAGAGCAACAAAAACCUCAAACGAAUCUGGCACCUAUGAAACUUCGUCCUGUAAAGAUCCAAGAUGAACAAAUGUAUCGUGUUGAUAAGACAAACGUGAAGCAACAUAAUGAAAUUCAUCAACCACAACCAAAUAAACAACAAUCAACAAAUAUUGACUAUUCUCUAACAUUGAAUAAUCUUUUAAAUCAUAACGGAGAUGUUCAGAAGAAGACAGAACAGUCAGAAUUUUAUCAUGACCCAAUAAUAAAAGCAUUUUCAUCCGUUAUUGACAUUGAUAAAAGUUUAGAAAAACAAGGAUUAAAUCCACCACGACCUAGAUCAAUUGGUAUUUUCGAUAAUAUACUCUCAAUACCGAAUCAUAUUAAAUCGAUCGAUUUAUUAGAAGUAGCAAAUGAAAACGAACAAUUUCAAUUUUCUCAAACAUUAAUUUCUCAAGCGGGUAAAAAGUUUAAUGUUAUUAGUUUUGAAACCGAACAAUUACCAUAUCUAUCACCACAAAAAUUUCGUCGUUCUCGAUCAGGUAAACAAUCAGUUCGACCAAAUUUACUAACAAUAUCUCAAAAAGAUUCAAUAAAUCAUGAAAUUAAUAAUGAACUGUUAACAAAACGAUUAUUACUAAAUAAGGCUAAUGAAAAAUUAGAUAAUACUAGUUUAAAUGUACUCGAUGAUUUAUUAGCAAAAGGACGUUCAACAUCGACACCUUUAGAACAACCUUCGAAUAAAGUGAUGAAUGAAUAUUCACCAUUGAAAAAAGUUGUAUCAAACAUGAUAGAUAUAAGUCAUGCGGCUAAUAAGCCUAUUGUAUUUAAAGAAAAGAGUAAUAAAGAAGAUAAACGUCGUAAAUAUGAUCGUAUGCGUAGUAAUGGAGGUCACGGACAAAAUAUGUAUUUUGGAACCGAUGAUGACUUUAGUCAAGCAUUCCAUUUUCAUGAUCCAUUUGAAAUAUUUGCACAAUUUAUGAAUCAUGCUGGUGGAGGAUCAGAUGAUGGUUUUGGAAAUAUAUUUGAUAAUUUUGGCCGUUUUAAUGAUGGACAUCAGAAUAUUUAUAAUCUACAUCCAUUUGGUGGUUCUCGUUCAAAUUCAAAUAAUCAACGUCAACAACCUCGCUCUCAACGUCAACAAGUUAGUUUAUUCGAUAGUUUUUUUCCAUCAAUGGGAAUGACAACAUUUGAUGGUGGAAACGGAUUUGGAACAAUAUCAUCAUUUAAUUUUACAGAUUCAAGUUGGCCAGCAGCAAAAAAAAUUACAAAAUCAACAAAAGUUAUUAAUGGGAAACGAAUUGUGACGACAAGAGUUGAAGAAAAUGGUCAAACAACGGAAAUGAUUGAAGAAGAUGGGACGCUAACAUCUCAUAAAGUGAACGUAAUGGAAUAUUUUACAAAAACCAUGGAUCUUCAACAACAAUCACCUAAUCACGAUAAUGAUAGAUCAUUGUCACCAAAAUCUACUACAAUAGUACAAACAACAGCAGUAACAACAGCUGGUGCACCUAUUACUCAAUUUCCAAGUGUUUUCUCCUAUUAUGAUUUAAUAACAUAUCCACGUGUUAAAAAUGAAAUAUUAAAAUUGAGAUGUCGAUUUUGUGAUACGUUUAUUAGUGGUUCAAUUCGAGUAACAUCGAAUUUUAUUGGACAUUUGAAACGAAAACAUGUUAAAGAAUACUGUGAUUAUGUCAAUGCAAAACGUAUGCGUGUUGAAUUGAAAGGUGGUAAUAGCAAUGAUAACAAUAAUAAUACUAGUCAUGUUCAACAUCAACAACAAGAUAUUAUUUCACCAUCGACGCCUUGUGUUUCUUCUACGGGUCGUCCGACUCAAAAUCAUCAAAGCAAUAAAAAAACUAAUCCUCAUCCUCAUAUGCCUUCACCAACAUUACAACAAAAUAAUCUUUAUCAUAACAAUAAAAAACAACAACAACAACAACAAAAUUAUUCAGUCACAUCGCUUCCACAGCCAGCAACACUCCAACAUCAUGCACAGCAACAACAACAUUAUCGGCCAUUGUCCAAAAAACAUAUGGUACAACAGCAAGCAUUUUUAAUUUCAGAUAGAAAACAUAAUCAUCCAUCAUCUUCCUCAGUUUCUUCUCAUCAUCCAAGAGCUCAUACACAUCUUUCUAUUAAUCAUCGUACAUUACAGAAACAUCGUCAACAACCACAAAAACGUAAAUUAUCAUCCAUUGAUCUACCUGCUGCAUCAAAUGGUCGUUCAUCAUCAACUAGUUCUACAUCUACUUCAGCAACUCCAAAUCAAACUCUAAAUUCACCAUUUUUAAAUGCUUUACAUCUACUACAACAACAACAACCAUCUCCUUCAUCAACAUCAACAUCCGGUUAUCCAUCGUUAAUCGUUGAUCAACAAGAACAGAUCUCCACACAAUCUUCAAUAACAAAACAAUUUAUUCAAUUAUUAAUUCAAAUGUCAUUGCCAGUAUCCAUAUUAGAAGAUAAAUUAUUUCAUGAUUUUAUUUCAUUAUUAAAUUCAUCGUAUCAAUUACCGACACAGCAACAAUUCUAUGAUCAAAUAUUGCCGACUUAUCUUCAAGAAACAAGAUUACGUUUAAAACAAAUUCUAUCUGAACAACAAUUUCUAAUUUUAAAAAUUAAUUUAUUAACUACAUCAUCGAUCACUCAACAAAAUCAACAAAUAUUUUACAUUAUGGUCAGUUGUCAAUAUAUCGAUGAUGAUUGGCUUCCACAUUGUUAUCUAUUAACAUGUCAACGAUUUCGCCUAUCAUUUCUCAGUUAUGAUAAAUUAAUUUCAGAUGUCUAUGAUUAUUGUAUACAAAAAUAUGAACUAUCAUCUCAGAAAAUUGGUAUUGUUAUUGUUGAUAAUGCUUGUAAUAUUGUCAAAGUUUAUCGAGAAUUAAGUUUACCCGGAUGGAAGCUAGAAGCGGGUAAUGAGUUGACAUUGACGGAAAAUGAUGAAACAACGACGACAACAACAACAACAGCAAAUGAAGAAGAAAAUGGUACAACAAAUGAUGAGAAUGGAAGCGAAAAUAAUUGUAGUGAACAAGAUGAUGAUUGGCAUGAAGUAGAUUUUGAUGAUGUUGAAUUAUUUGCAUCUAAAGGUGUUGAUCAUGUGUGGCAAUAUUGUUUUUCUUAUUUAUUACAACGUUGUAUGAAACAAAUCUAUUCGUCUUGUUCUGUUCUUAUUUCACCAUCUAUAUCAAAAUUAUGUAAAAUAAUUAAUCAUUUACAAAUGUCGGAUAUUCUUCUAUCAUCAUUUCGUAAACUAAAUGGUCUAUUAAAUCAAUAUAAUCAAAUACGUUGGACAUUUCAAAUGAAAAUUUUACGAUCAAUAUUUAGUGUUUAUUAUAUUGGUACAGAAUGUGUUCCACAUGAAUUACGUUUAACACAUGAUGAACGUUUAUUUUUAAAAGAACUUAUUGAAUUAUUAGAACCAUUUGAAGAAGCAAUUGAUCUAUUACAAACAGAAUCAUCAAUAUCAAAAACUUUACCAUCUUAUCGUGGACUCAAAUUACAUUUGGAAAAAUUUCAACCACAAUCAUCAUCAAUUAAACAAAUAAAAGAUUUUUUAAUGAUGAAUUUUUCAAAAACAUUUGAAAAUUUAGAAACAAAUGAACAUCUUAUACUAGCUGCAAUUUGUGAUCCAAAUUUUGCAUUUCGUUGGACAAAUUCAUUAAAUGAUGAAACUCAAACAUAUCAAAAUUUACUUCUAAGAUCAUUACAUAGUAAAACAAAUUUACUCUCAUUUCAUCAACAGCAACAACAACGAAAACAAACAAAAUCUCCAACAUUGUCAAAAAAUAAUAAUAACAAUAAUAAUGAUUCUCAUUCGACAACUCCUCCAACAUCAAAAUUAUUUUCAUAUAUGAAUCAUCAUGUAACAAAACAAGAAUCUGAUGAUGAUGGAGAAAUUCAAGAAGAUAUCACUGAAGAUGCUUUAGAUGAGGAAAUGAUUGUUGAUGAAGAUAGUCUGGAAGAUGAAGAAGAUGCUGAAGCCAUGAAUAUUAUUUAUGAAAAAGAAAUAUUGGAUUAUAUUCAAUUAGUUAGUGAUCCUGUACAAACAUCAUCAUCAACAAAAGAUACUUAUGAAUUUUGGCGUACACAUUCACAUCAAAUACCUAAUAUUGCACGUUUAGCUAAACGUUUGUUAGCUAUACCAUCUACAUCUGUUUAUAUUGAACGUUUGUUUCAUCAACAAGGAACGGGUGCAAUAUUAAAACCACUCUCAUCGUUUCAAUCGAUGACAGAUCAACAUUUUUCUGAUUUUGUAUUUUUAAAAGCAAAUCAAAACGAUUUAUGUUGA